GUUUGCAGGUGGAAGGUGCGCCGCUGCCUGCCUGAGAGUCUCAGCGCCGGACAACCCAGGGGAAGCCGCAGCCAAACGCCAGGUCGCUGCUAAACCUCACUUGAAGAGCUUACCCCCCCCCCAGCUCCGUACCCCUCGGCCGGACUCCCUGGCUGCGGAAGGUGGCGGCCGGAGCUGCAGCCCCAUGGCCGGGGGAGGUGUCCGCACAAAGGGAGCGGCUGCAGCCUCCGCUGCCCCCGAGCAGCGGGCAAUGGGAGAGCAGCAGCGGAGGGCGGCCGAGGGCUCCCGCUGUGUGGAAGUCGCCCUGAGCGGGGGAGCGCCCUGGGGAUUCACCCUGCGAGGGGGUCGGGAGCACAAGGAGCCUCUCCUCAUCACCAAGAUCGAGGAAGGGAGUAAGGCAGCUGCCGUAGGCAAACUCCAAGUUGGGGACGAGAUGGUCGGCAUCAACGAUGUGAUCCUCACCGGCUACAGACAGGAGGCGAUCUGCCUUGUGAAAGGCUCUCACCGGACUCUGAAGCUAGUGGUGAGAAGGAGUAAUGAGCCUGCGGGUAGGCCUCACUCGUGGCAUUCGACGAAGUUCACAGACGACCAGCCAGAACCUGCCAGGAUGCAGCUGUCGUCCAGCGGACUGUGUCCGUCGUGGCACUCGCGCUAUCACACCGCCUCUUCAUCGAAUGACCUCUCAGACAAGUGGGAUGAGACCACUCUGCAGCGUGUUUCUGACCAGUUCAGCUCCCUCGGCAGCAUGGACAGUCUGGACCAGCACCAUGCCAUCUACCAGGGCAGCAGCCUGUCCCCCACUCACUCCAGCAAUAGCAUGGACCACAUCUCUGGGCACAGCAAGCGGGAUUCGGCCUACAGCUCCUUUUCCACCAGUUCCAGCACCCCAGACUACACCCUGUCGUCAUCCAAGAGUGACACAUCAUCCUCCACUGAGAAUGUGUUGAACAGGGGGACCCCCUGGGAGGCGCCAAGGCCCAGCAAUGGCAACGGACGCCCAGGCCCGAGCGCAACCGAGCGGUCCGGUCUAGAGGACAGGCCUGUGAUCCCAGGGCCCGAGGACGCUGCACGGCCGGAGGAGCACCUCGGCUCCCGGCCUCAAGCGCCAGGCAGGACCAGCUUCGGGCCUGUGUGGCAUGUGCCGGAGAGGAGGAGUCAGGGCGAGACCAGGGCACCCCGGCGGAUCUCCCCACCCCCGCUCCCUCCUGUCCGCAGCGACAGCUACGCCGCCACAAAGGUGCACGAGAAGGCGCAGGCCGGAGGGCCUCCUGAUGGGAACGGGACCUCUCGGCAACAGCCCUCAGCCAAGCCUCAGCUUUGUGGCGACUGGGCCCUGGAGGGCACUGAGCAUGAGGGAAGGAGGGCGAAGCAAGCCAGCCCUCUGUACUGGGCCGAGGCUGCUCCCCAAGCCCCAUGGGACGAUAACAAGCAGCUUAGUGCCAGCAAGCUUAGCCUGUCCAGCACAGACAUCCGCUACGCCCAACCCACCUUGUCCUCCUCUCACCAACGGCAGCACAGUGAUGAAAGCAACUUUCACCAUAGCAACAGCACCAGGAUGGCACUGUGGGACAAUGGCCUUUAUCAUGGCCCACAACAGACAGCGCCUGAGAAUGCUCCCCAUUCUGAUCGGAGCCAAACCAGGCCAACAAAGGCAGUAGUUCCAGCUCCCACCAACUCCUGGCAGCCUGACCUAGCAGGUGCUCACCCUGCCUGGGCCAGGCCCGAAUGCUGGGAUAACCAGAAGGGAGCUGCCUACUCCUUCAGUCCAGAUCACAGCAGCAGUGAUGCAGGCCCCUGGCCUGCCGGCUACCAGGUCUUGUCCCUCGAUGGUCACGUCCCCUGCAGGCCCGAAGCAGGGGCAUCACGUCUGCCUUAUGGCCCGCCUGGUCACCUGGAGACAGGCCGGUCCCAGCCGCCAAGCAGUCGGUGCUGGCCGCAAGCAGAUGGCACUGCCGUGUGCCCUGACAGAACGCCCCUACUUCACUCCCUGGCACAGGAGAGUAGGAGGCUGCCCCCUGAGGCCUCGGUCUACCCGCAGGUCAAGCAGCAGCAGCAGCGGAGGAGUGACCGCUUUGCCACAGCCCUUCGCAAUGAGAUCCAGACUAAGCGGGCACAGCUGCAGAAGAGCAAGAGUGCCGCGGCCUUGGCACCCGUUUCCCCUGAGACUGUGGGCAGGGCCGGGGACACUGUGGCGGAGUGGCUGCCCGAUGCUUCUCCCUCCCCCGAUGUCUCCUGCGCCUCCUACAAGGACGACCUGAAGGAGGCCCAGGCCCGAGUCCUGAGGGCCACCUCCUUCCAGCGGAGGGACCUGGGGCCAGUGGCAGCUCCCCGCCAGCCCCAUUCCCCCGCUGCUAAAGAGGAGGGGCCCUCCCCGCCCUCAGCUCUCCACCCAAGGGUUCCAGUCCCCCUGACCCGCUUGGGUGGCAGGAAGCGACUGACCCCAGAGCAGAAGCUGCGUUCCUAUUCCGAGCCGGAGAAGAUGAACAAGGUGGGCACCCCCGAUGAGGCUGGAAUCUCCCAUCCUCCUCCUCCACCGGGCACAGAGCCCCACAGCUCCUUCGCUGACAGGCGGCAUUUCUUUGAGGCCAGUGGGAGGCCGCUACCCCUGCCUGCUCAGGGUCCCCGCCCUGGAGGCACUGAGGCUCAGCUCAGGCUCCACGGGAAGGGUAGCGGCAGCAAGGCCGAGGACAGGCUUCUGGAGACUGUGGACCGGGACCAGGCCCGAGUCCGGGCCAGCUCACUGGGAGGGGGCUGUGAGAGUGCCCGGAGGGCCCCCGAUCCCGGGGGGAGCUGGCCGCUGCGAUACAUGGCUCCUCAAACUAGCGGCCUCCCUGAGCAGCCCAACCCCGCUGGGUAUCCCCGCCACCUGGACCCCAGCGGGCACAAAGCUGGGCCGCAGCGCCUGGGCACCUUCGCAGAGUACCAAGCGACGUGGAGGGAGCAGAGGAAGGUGCCGGAGGCCCGGGGUUCCGGAAGGUUCCAUUCUGCGGACGACAUCCUUGAGCAGAGUUUCCAGGAGCCUGCAAGCCCACAGUAUGUCCAUGAGCGAUCCAGAUCGUCUCCUUCCACUGAUUUCUACGUCCAGGACGCUCCCGCUGAAGCAAGAAGGCGGCCAGACGGCUUCCAGAGGGAGAUGGAGCAGCCGGCUCCCGGGGCUGAAGGAGGAAGGUCAAGUCCGCCCGCGAGGUUCCUGGAGCCAUUGAGCGUUGAGACUGUCUCCGAGGGAUUGAGACUUCCAUUGGAGAGAGGGCCUGAGCGCGGCUGGUCUGAGCGAAAUGCGCCCGUCGAUGAGAAUCAGGCCCGGGAUUGGCACGAAGGCCCAGCCGAUGCCAUGCUGAGUGGACACCCGGGUGUGGAUGAGGACCAAUUUGAACGGAGACCUGGGUCGGACGGUCCCACGAGCCAGGGGCUGAGCCAACCCUGGGCCAUGGCCGGGAACCUGGCCUGGUCUGGGGAGACGCAGGCAUCGCCCAACCUGCCCCGCGUUGGCGCGAGUGAAGCACCAAUCACUGGCACCGAUCGACCGCCCAGCUCUGCUGCUGGCAACGAGACCUGGCAGCCCACGCCUGGCGGAUCCUCCAGGCCUGCCCAUGCCGAGGCUGGGAAGGUGGAGCUGAGAGAGGAUGCUGGGAAAAGCUCGGCAUUCCAUCCCCUGCCAACCUUGCCGCCGGACUCUGCCCGACCUCCUUCUCCGCAGUUUGCCCCUCAGAGACUCACCGACAAACCUCCCCCCACUGUGGAAGGUGACAGGCCACUCAGGAUCGAGAAGGUGACGGACUACAGUACGACGGUGAAGAAGGUGCCGAUUAAGAUCGUGCGGUCGGAAAGCCAGACGGAGAAGGACAGCCGGCACAACCUCCUGAACAGGGUGGAGGAGGCAGGCUGUGGCGGCAGAGACCAGCAGAGGGAAGCCAUCGGCAGCUGCCAGCACUCUUCGCCGUUCACCACGUACAGUCGGCAGGAGGUGGACCGGGAAAGCACCGGCCAGUCCACAGGAGCAGCAAGCACCUCGUGGGAAAACAGGGAGCUCUCCCCCGGGCCCGGCUGCGGGAAGGCGAAAGAGAGGAACAUGGAUGAUAUCAAGUCCGAGGAGUUGGCGAGGGAGAUUGUUCACAAGGACCGAACGCUGGCUGAUAUCUUGUACCCGAACUCGAAGCUAAAGACCACCAUGGAUCUGAUGGAAGGCAUCUUCCCCAAAGAUGAGACUGUCUUACAGGAAGCUCAGCAACGCAGGAAGCUGCUUCCUAGCCGGCCUUACUCACCCAAGCCGACAGAGAACAGGGAAGAGGAGAUAAUGCCCAUGGGGGUCUCCCUAACCACCAGCUCAACCUACUACAGUACAUCCGCACCAAAGGCUGAGCUGCUCAAUAAGAUGAAGGACAUGCAGCAGCAGAUAGAACAGGAGGAAGACUCGGAGGAUGAGCUGAACCACGACCUCACUGAAAAGAAGCAAGAGCUGAUCGACAGCAUCAGCAAGAAGCUGCAAGUGCUGCGUGAGGCCCGAGAGAGCCUGCAGGACGAUAUCCAGGCCAACAAUCUCCUAGGCAACGAGGUGGAGGCCAUUGUCAAGCAAGUCUGCAAGCCCAAUGAGUUUGAGAAGUUCCGGAUGUUCAUCGGCGACCUGGACAAAGUGGUCAACCUGCUGCUGUCGCUGUCUGGUCGGCUGGCCAGAGUAGAGAAUGCCCUCAAUACUCUAGACGAGGAGGCCUCUCCGGACGAGCGGAAGACGCUCACUCAAAAACAAAAGCUGCUCACAAGACAGCAUGAAGAUGCCAAGGAGCUGAAGGAGAACUUGGACAGAAGGGAGGGGGUGGUGUUUGACAUUCUCUCCAGUUACCUGACAGACGAGCUCCUCCAGGACUACGAGCACUUUGUGAAGAUGAAAUCGGCCCUUAUUAUUGAGCAAAGGGAGCUGGAGGACAAGAUCAAACUGGGAGAGGAGCAGCUCAAGUGUCUGCUGGAGAGCCUGCCUGUUGAUGGCAAACCAAAGUAGAAACCAAAGGGUUAAAAUGUUGUACUGGACACUGGGCUGCCUGCUCCCCUCUUUCUAUCUGUGUGCGUGUGGUAUAGCUGGAUCUGUCCACUGGGGGGAGCCCAGCGUGGGAGGAAUGACUUGAGGCCACGAUUCUGAGCAUCAAUGUUCAAUGCAGAACUGAGUUCUGCCAUAUUGAACGUUUAAUAUUUUUAAACUUUUGGAUAUUUAGUCACACGUUUGACAUUCUAUUUGCUGCCACAUCAACCACUCCCCCGCCUACCCCCCCUCAGUCCUGCCGAUUUGUCCCGUUUUUAUCUGAGAAGGGUGAAAACGAAAAAGAAUUGUUUCUUCGUUGAUUUUUGGCCAAGGUUCUGAUGCUUUGGUUCCCAAACAGGUUUUUUCCCCCCUUCUGGAUAAAUGUGACAUGUUCAUCAAAUGAUGUGAUAACUGGAUAUUUUUUCUUUAAAAAAAAAAGAAUGUGCAUUAAAUUAAUUUAUUGUAGCAUUUAU